AUUUAAAAAUACCUAAAUCAAUGGGUUUGAAAGAAUUUAAGGUCGGCCUUCAUUACGAGGAAUAGGUUAGGUGCCUAGGUACUUUAUCCGUCUGGGGUUACGUAAAACGGGUAACAAAUUUAUGUACCCAACACUAACACUAGUAUCGGUCUUGCUCCAAUCUCCACCGGAUCCUACAGGAGCCCACUAUCGCGAAUUUGCCCACUUCAACUUUCAUUCAUCCGAUGCCUAUGAGCUUGACCUAUGUACAUCCGCUUCCAAAUUAACUCUAAUCCUUAUAUCGUUAAAUCCUGCCUCUCUUAGCCCGGGAGGUAAUAAAAACUAAGAAUGACGGCCGUCAGACGGCAAUAAUGCGAUUGAACUGCGCCAAUGCAGUUCUAGUUGCUGCUAUAAUAACAUCGUUGCGUUUCGCCCAUGGACAGUAUCCAAGUGCUACUCCUCAGGACUUGAAUCUUACGACCAUUUCAUCCCCAACUAGCCCUAAUAUCAAGAUCAGCUAUAAAGUACCUCAUGGAGCCUGCAACACUGCGUUCGAUACGCAAACACAGUAUACCGGUUGGGUGAGCCUCCCGGGCGACUACCCUACCAACACGUUCUUCUGGUUCGUUGGUGCGCGAGACCAGCAGGCAAAUUCCAGCUUAACAAUAUGGCUCAAUGGUGGCCCGGGCUCAAGUUCCAUGUUCGGCUUCUUUACGGAGAACGGCCCGUGCGAGGUGGUUGAGAAUGGCACCGACAAGUUUACAACCAUAGCCCGGGAGUGGGGCUGGGAUCGGGCGUCGAACAUGUUAUUCAUCGACCAACCAAACCAAGUUGGAUUCUCUUACGAUGUCCCUACGAAUGGCUCUCUUAACCUGCUUACCAAUGAGAUUUAUAUCCCACCUGAUAAAAGACCGGAUUCUCUACCGCCCAGUGCGUAUCUUAACGGUACAUUUAGUUCCAUGAAUGUGAGCAAUACGGCCAACACGACUGAGGCGGCUGCUAUUACUAUAUGGCAUAUGCUACAAGGCUUCUUUGGAGCUUUCCCUGAAUUGAAACCACCAAAGGACAACGUCCUAGGUGUGAACCUAUUUUCAGAAAGCUAUGGGGGGAAGUACGGCCCUGCAUUUGCGCAAAAAUGGGAGCAGAUGAAUAAGGCUCGAGGCAACAAUACUGUUUUAAACAGCACUUCUGUAGAAAUUCGCCUUGCCUCGCUAGGUAUUGUAAACGGCUGUGUCGAUGACCUUAUCCAAGCGCCAUAUUAUCCCGUCAUGGCGGUUGAUAAUACCUAUGGUUUUCCUGCUAUCAACUCGGUCAGGGCGAAAAUGGCCAAUGCCAGCUUCUACAACGACGGUGGGUGUCGCGAUCUGCUCAACCAAUGCCGCGCUGCCGUCGCCAGUAAAGACCCGACCAACAGUGGUUCGAUCCCAGAGGUAAACAGUAUCUGCGAGUCCGCCUAUAGCAACUGCACCAACAACGUCAUGCUUCCUUACUUAGACGCCGGUCGUAGCGUCUAUGAUAUCGCGGCCCCUGUGCCAGACUCAUUCCCGCCGCGACAGUAUCUGGAGUACGUGAACACGCCGGCUUUCCAAAAGGCCAUCGGUACACGUCUCAACUACACGGAAGCAAAUAGUCAGGUCGCAGCAGCCUUCCUUUCCACUGGCGACUACGAACGCGAGGCAAUGGUGCCCAAGCUGGCCUCGCUCCUAAACGCGGGGAUUCGCGUGGGCUUGAUAUACGGCGAUCGGGACUAUAUUUGCAACUGGCUAGGCGGCGAGGCAGUAUCUUUAGCGCUCGCCUCGACCGCGACAGGCUACGAGGCAGGCUUCACCUCCGCUGGGUACGCACCUAUCAUCGUCAACGACAGCUACAUCGGCGGCGUAGUGCGACAAUUCGGUAACCUAUCCUUUAGCCGCGUGUACCAAGCAGGCCACUUCGUGCCAGCCUAUCAGCCAGCCACGGCCUUCGAGAUAUUCGCGCGGAUCAUCCGCGGCGAUAGCGUGUCUACCGGCGAGGACAUCGAUCUUUCCACGUAUAACACGACGGGCUCCGCCGAAGCCAACAGCGCUCUCGAGCUGCCCGCCACCCCGUCGCCGACCUGCUGGCUCCGCGACGUACCCGGUAGUUGCAACGAGGAGCAGCAGAUUGCCAUUUCAAAAGGCGAAGCCUUCGUCGCCAAUGGCAUCGUGCAGACUGGUCCGACAACAACGUCGCCGCCCGCGUCUGCUGUUGCCGACCCCUCGACAACUACGACACAGCUUACCGGCUUGUUUACGGCUACCGCGACACCGUCUAGUGCAGCCGUGCCAAGUAAAAGAUACGGUGUUGACUUGCGGUUAGCUGUUGGGAGCGGCGCCAUUGUUGCGAUAUUGGUCGGUUCAUAACCUUGAUCCUAACCUCAUGCAAUAUUUUGUUCAGUAUAC